UGCCAGAUGAAGUAUUCAGCCAAACACAGUAUACACUGUAAUCAGUGAUGUUGCUACCGCAUGGUAUUCUUCCACUACCAGGGAAGGAUUGAUUGUUUAUAACAGGUUGUACGCUUCUCCUGAAAGCAUCAAAUUAGCAAACUGUACCAACGGUGACUUCCAGUUUUACAGAAUGGAUAGUAGUUGUUCUGGUCCGAAUGGAGACAUAGUUUUAACCAUUUCUGAUGGAUCACAACUGAUGAUGAAGGAAAGAUCUAAAUCCAAUACCAGCUUGAUAUCUAGGUGUUCUUCUACCGACAGUGAACAAGGUCAGAAACCAGAAUGUUCCACAAACUUACUUGAAUCAGAAAUCUCGCAGCCAUUCGUUAUCCACUUAUCUCAGGAAGAUAGACAGAGUACAUCCGCUGAGACGAAUUCAAACUAUUCUUUACGAACUAGAGAGUUUCCCUUAAGUUCCUGCCCAUUAGAUGUUCUGGUGUUUCAGUGGAACUGGGCUGGAUUCCGCUUGGGAUGUUUUGUAGUGUUCGUGUGUGUUCUGGUUGGAUUGUUUUGUGUUGUGCUGAUGUCAGUGACAUCUCAAACAUCUCACUGUAUCCCGGCUAGAGAAUGGUGGCAGGGUGCUGUCUCUUAUGAAGUGUUUCCAGCUUCCUUUCAAGACUCUGAUGGUGAUGGAUUCGGUGACUUCGCCGGACUGCGCUGGAGACUACCUUAUAUACAAAAAUUUAACGUUGCCUCGAUAAGGUUAAAUUCUAUUUUCAGCGCGUUAGAUUACCCUUUGGAGUAUACACACGUUAUUGAUUUCAAAAAUGUUGAUCCGCAUCUAGGCAACAUUGCCGACUUUGAAAAACUUGUACAAGACAUUCAUGCACGUGGUAUACACGUAAUACUGGACAUGAACCCAACAAUUACCAGCGAUCAGCACCCUUGGGCAGCUCACUGGCAGCAGAAUAAAAGUGGUGAAUAUGGAUAUUUUUACGUCGAAACCAGCGAAAUAAAGGAAAAGAGUUCUGGUUUUCAAGACGGCCAUGUCGAAGAAAAAAAAAGCCCUAACAGACCCUUUGGUGGAGAGUUGUUUUUAAAUUGGUCACAUCCAGCUGUUCAAAAAGAAAUGAACUCAGCUCUUGAGUUUUGGCUGCAAAAACGUGUAGAUGGAGUUUAUAUAAAAGGUCUAGAACAUAUCCAGAUCACAGUUGAGAGAGAUUUAUUUAUUAUAAUGAAACACUGGCGCUUUCUGCUGAACAAGUACAGUACAGAUACAAGAAGAAAUAUCUUACUUGUCUCUUCUCACUUUGUUGAAACUCUGAGAAAGAAAAAGUCUCGGUUUCUUAUCUCUUUAUUAAAAUUUUGUGAUAUCUUAGAUUUCCAUUUAAAUUUCAACGUCUCACAUUCGCUAGACCUUAAAGCUCAGUUAACUGUGGCUGAUGAAUGGAGCACUUUCUCAGAGUCGUCUUGGAUUAAUUGGCACUUAGGCAGCGCUGAGACGACGAGGCUGGCUACAAGGAUAGGGACAACGUAUACUUUGGGUGCCAUGGUUCUACUUUUGACGCUACCUGGGUCAGUUUCGUUGUUCUACGGGGACGAGAUUAAGCUCCAGGAUUCGAAAGAUGUCCUUACUGACAAGGGUUAUCGAGAAGGUCAGUUAUGUCCCAUGCAAUGGACUUCGAGUGUUGAAGCUAAUUUUACUUCAGACUUGACCUCACCUUGGCUUCCUAUUCAUCCUGAGUUUUCUAGCCAAAAUGUGGAAGAGUGCUCAGAUGAUGUUUCUUUAAUAAGACAGUUAAUAGCCACGCGGAAGAAAUCCGCUUCCCUGUGGAUGAAAGCGAUUUACGACGGAAAGCGUGCUGUAUGUGACGGAAGACCUUUCACUUACGUUGUUCAUUCUGACGACGGUAAACUGAUCACAUUAGAGAGGUACUUCCCUACCGAAGAAAGAUACGUCGUGGGUGUCAAUUUCGGGAUGAAAUCACUGACUGCAGAUUUUGCUCGAUUCGUUUCUGAAGCGCAUGUUUUAAUUUCCAUUGAGACAAAUCUGCACAAGAUAAAAAUGUUGCACAAACCGUUGAAUCUGCGAAAUGUUUCUUUAAGUCCUGGUGACGCCUUACUCAUAGAAACGCGUACUUAGUUAACGCAUUUAAAAGAUACUUAUAAAUAUUCAGUAAAGUAACGCCCUCUUUAGUGUUCCACGUGAGGGAAACCUA